GAAAAGGUGAGAAUAUGGUAUGCUCGCCAAUUAGACUAACAGAGAAAUAGUUUAUAACUGUAAUAUUUAAUUCACUGAGUCCAAAUUUAGAUUGCUAUUAAUUAUUUUAUUACUAUGAAUAACCUCUUUGCAUGCCUAAAGGCCUUCUAUUUAUAGAGUGAAGCUAAGGUUGUCUAGUUUAUUUUAAGGAUAAGAAAUUAGAAUAACAUUAACUCUCACAAAACUUCACAUGUUUAAAAGCAAUGAACACUUGAUACACUUCUUUCCAAGGAAGAAUGCAACUUCCAUGAUUAGCAAGUAGUUAAUAUUUUUUCCAAUGAAAAAACAGUAAUUUAGACAGCAACAUCAAGAAGUAAUGUCUAGUUUUUCAGUCAUGAAUGUAAAAAAAUGAGAAAAAUAUCAGGCUACUCAAAAUGUUGUUUAAGGAAAAUAUUCUUGGUAAUACAAAAAGUAAAACUCCUUUAGAGUAAGCAUUUGCAGUUGUUUCCAGUGAUCUAGUGUAUAGGUCUAGCAAUUGAUAAACAGCCAAUGGAAGAAAAUUUUGCUGCUACUUAGCCUUUUCAUUGCCAGGUAGCGUAGCAGGGAUGUCUCUGCUGCUGCUCAGUGUACCAGCCAUGCUGUUAUGUUCCCCUGUGAUCCACGUAGAACAUCCACACUUCAGUCAGACCUUGUCACUUCAGCAGAGCUUAUUAUCAGCAGUGAUAUAGCAAAUCAGGCUCUCGAAGCGCGUAUAGACCCCUGACAAUGUGUCCAGCACUUGUGCUGUGCUGAGCUCUUUGACUUACUCUACCCUGUCACAGUCACUUGCUGCCUUACUGACUUUCUCAUUUUAUAAUAUGUUAAUGUUUGUGGGAUAAGAUAAUUUGAAAACAGCACACACAACUAUUCUGAAACACUGCUCGUCUGAGACCUUACUGGUUAAGUCUGUGUUCAAGAAGAUCUUUGUGUUGCCUGUGACAUAAUCAGUCAGGGGAGUAUAGCAAAGCAGGAGAUAGCUGCCACAUGGGUAUGGAAAUUAUAUGACCAGAGAAAAGUUUCUAAACUAAUUUAUUCCUCUUAUCUUUUGGAGAGAAAGGGGUGAUAGAAAGGCAGUACAUUUUUUCUGAAAAUAAAUGGAUUUUAUCACUAGACAACUAUAAUGCUCAGUGCUCUUAACUGUUCUUGGAAUCACGGAUGUUAGAGGGUAUUGAUCAUCUCACAGGACUAAACCAUAUGUGAACAGUAUUAUAGGGAUACUGUAAUAUACUAAAACAGACUUAUUUUCAGGGAGUUUGCCAUGUGAGGCUCUGAUCUAAGGCCUGUAUAAGUCUUCAGGAGCCUUUUUGCUUCAGGCUCUAGGGUAAAUAUAAUGUUACAAUUUUUUCCUUAAUAAAUUUUCUUAUUAAUAAUAACCGUUAUUAAUAAAUUAACUGUUCGUUUUCAUUAGGAGCACCUCUUAGCUGCCAAUGAAAUGUUAAUGAAUUCUAAAAUGUACUUUCCUUUUAGUUGAUGGGAGGCUGAGGUUGUAGGUAUGUUUAUUGAGAUAUACUUCUAAAACUACUAGUCUAAGAGAGAUUUUAUCUUUGCUGUCUAAGGGGUGUGUGAGUCUUCAGAACAGUGCGUAUUUGUGGAUUAAAUGAUGGAAGCUGUCAAGUAUCAUCACAAUUACAAAAGUGCUUAUGAAAAUGAGAGGAUAAAUACAUAAAAAAACCUUGAGUCAGAAUUCUCCUGCCUGUCAAUAGAGCUCAUAGGCCACGAGAGGUGAGGGAGAGCGGUAUGUAUGUCCACAUUGUGGUGGCCAGUUUAUCAGUCUAACUUACGUGUUAAAUCUUUUGGACUGUUAUGCUGCAGCCUUGAUUAGAGACACAAUAGGAAGGAAAAGAGAACCUAUCAGAAAAGUAUUGUCUCUUAUGAAUAAUAUAAAUCUCUGUUCUUCUAAGUCCCAAAUGAAAAUGUUUCUGUGAACAUCCCUUUAUUCAUGGACUCCUUUUUUUUUGUGUUCAGAGAUGACACUCAAGACCAAAGUUGUAUAUUUUUUCCUUCAGACAAAAUGGGAUUUAAGUGCACGUUUUUUUCUACUUUCCUUCAGAUUUCCUUCCUUGCAGUUAAAAAUCAGACCAUGGUUCCAGUACAUAUUGAAAGAGGUGGGAAACCGUAUUAUGUGGGAAUCGGAAUCCAAGAGUUUCUGAGUCAAUCUGACUGUCAAGUGUUUGAGCUUCAAGAACCUGUGAACCUGACAUGUGCUUUGGAGGAAAGUGAUCAAAGACGGUGGUUUCCACUGCACAAGGCUGCAGCUUGGCCAAUUCCACAAAUACUUGCACUCAUUUUAGAUGCCUCUUAUGAAACAAUGUUGGAAUACAAAACAUGCAGUGGAGAAACAGCAUUAAGCUUGACAGCAAAAGCUGGCUUUGUGGAAAAUGUGUGAGUGUUAGUGGAAAACAGUGUUUAUCCCAAUACCUCAAAUUACAAAGGAGAAACUCCACUUCUUAUUGCUACAAGAAGGGGCUCUUUUGAAAUGGUAUCCACUCUGAUUAAAUACAACUGUACUAUCUACCAGCUGUGCAUGAAAUGCUGGUCAGCAAUGCAUGAAGAUGCCAAACAGAGAUGCAAAGACAUUGUUGAUCUUCUGAAGAAUGGUGGAAAUGUGAAUAUUAAGGGUGAAUAUUGAGUAACACCAUUAGGUGUUGCUGAUGAAUAUGGUCAAUGUGAUGUGCUGGAGCAUCUUAAUCAUAAAGGUAUGUUCUGUAUCCUCCUUCAGUGUGGAGAUGUCCAGGCCUUAGCAGAUGAUCAUGCAUCAGUACUGUUUAAAGUAGCUGGAGAAGGUAAUCCAGACUGCAUAGCCCUUCUUUUGGAAUAUAGAGGAAGGGGUAAUGUGCAUAAUGAGGCCAGACUGCUUCCCAUACACAAAGUGUCUAUUGUUGUUCCUUGAUUGAAACAUUUAGCAGAAAAAGUGGGUUGUGUUUUUGUUGAUUGCAUGGAUUAUGUUCCUUCAUGCAUAAGAAUGAAGUUUUUUCUAGAAACACAAGAAGAAGGGACAGAGAUACAUCAGAUUUUAGAUAAUCCUUUCUUUUUGAAACAUCUGUGUCGUCUGAAAAUAUGUAAACUCGUGGGCUUAAAGAGACUCCAGAAACUGUCAUCCAUGAAGAAAUUUCCACUUCCACCAGUUCUCAAGAACUUAAUUCUAUAUAAAAAAUAUGAUCUGUAUGGAAAAGGGUUGUAUUUAGAAUAGUUUUAAAAAAUAACUGUAUACAGUCUGUAAUUUGACUAAUUUCUUCAUUUUUUUAACGAACUGAAUAACUGUUUGAUGUUUCAUAUACCUU